AUGAUAAAAAUUCACGACUUUCGAAUUCUUCAAACUAUAAACGCGACUUUGUUAUUUAUACGAAAUGCUACCGCUUUCCCUCUAGUUGAAUUGAAAAAUGGAGAAACUUUCAAUGGACAUUUGGUAAAUUGCGAUAAUUGGAUGAAUCUAACUUUACGGGAGGUUAUACAAACGUCACCGGAAGGUGAUAGAUUUUGGCGAUUACCUGAAUGUUAUAUUAGAGGAAAUACGAUUAAAUAUCUUCGCGUGCCGGAUGAAAUCAUAGAGAUGGUAAAAGAUGAUGCAGUACGACAACGUCAAGCACCCGUUGGCAGUGGUCGUGGACGCAAGUCUACUAAAAAACGUCAAUGA